AUGGCCUCCUCUGACGAUCAUGUCAAUGAGGAUGCCAUGCGCGUGUCAUCUGACCCUGGAGGACCACAGGAGGCAACGUCGGAAGCAUGGGCACCAAGGGUGAGUCGGAGGGGCAAGAGAGAUGGGAGCAGCGGGGCGUAGAGCGGGGCAUGCACUCGAAGCGCUCUUGCUGACACUAUGCAAUCCCAGGAGCGCUUGGCAAGUGUGAAUACAGAAGCAGGAAGGCAAGCAGCAAGGGAAGAACUGGCAGAGUUGUACCGCUUGCUGGCAAGGUUGUGUGAGCGGGAGGGAUUGGAUGAGCAGGAGAUGGUUUGGAAUACGUGA